AGGCCCGCCCCGCCGCCCCGUCUCCGAGCCCCGCCCGCUCGCCGCCUCCCUCCGCUCUCCUCCGUGACACUUUGCAGACGCUCCCCGCGCAGCAGCUCCCCGGCCCGGAUUCCGCGCGCGGGCCGACCCUCCGCCAGAGUCCAUGCCCCUGCGCCUCUGGCCGCUGUCCGCGUCCAGUGCCCCGAGCGCUCGCCCCGCUGCCCGGGCCCGUGGGAGGCCGAGCCAUGAGUGACCGCCACGGCCGGAGGCGCACAAUCAAGAAGGACGAGGAGGCCUUGGACAUCUCCGUCCCCUUUGAGGAGGCGCCCCCUCUAGACUCGCAGCUCUUCUACGGCCUGAGUCCAUCGCGGGGCCCCUCGGAGGAGCCUCCUGAGGCCGCGUCGCCCACCCUCGCCCUCAUGAACGGCAUCAAGGCGCAGCUGCACUUGGCCCUGGAGCGGAACUCUUGGCUGCAGAAGCGCAUCGAGGACCUGGAGGAGGAGAGGGACUUCCUGCGCUGUCAGCUGGACAAGUUCAUCUCGUCGGCGCGCGUGGACGCAGAGGACCACGGCCGCGCCAAGCCCGGGCCCCGGCGGCUGGAGGGGGAUGGCCGGGCAGCGGCCGGCGGCGAGGCCUCCUCGGACCCGGAGUCGGCGGCCUCGUCCGAGGAGGGCGGCGGCGCGGGCGAGAGGCGGCGGCACAAGGCGGGCGCCGGCCGGGGGCGCCUCGGGAAGCCCAGGGCGCGCGAGCGGCAGCGGGGUGAGCUCCCCGUGGGCGCGUGGACGCCGGGGGCCGGCCUCGGGCGGGGGGCCGCCCCGGGCCUGACCGCUGCCCUGUCCCUCCUGUCCGCAGUCAAGGACGCCGACGGGGUGCUGUGCCGCUACAAGAAGAUCCUGGGCACGUUCCAGAAGCUCAAGAGCAUGUCGCGGGCCUUCGAGCACCACCGCGUGGACCGCAACACGGUGGCGCUGACCACGCCGAUCGCCGAGCUGCUGCUCGUGGCCCCCGAGAAGCUGGCCGAGGUGGGCGAGUUCGACCCCUCCAAAGAGCGCCUGCUCGAGUACUCGCGCCGCUGCUUCCUGGCGCUGGACGACGAGACGCUGCAGAAGGUGCAGGCGCUCAAGAAGAGCAAGCUGCUGCUGCCCAUCACCUACCGCUUCAAGCGCUGA